AUGCCGAUUCCGACGGUCAUCUCUGGCGAGAGCCUCGCCUCCGCCCUGGAGAAUCUCGUCCCAAACCUGGACGAGGAUACGCGCGCUUAUGCAGUUGACAUGGUGUGCGAGGAGCAGCCGGAGACCGGCGAAGCAUUAGCCGAAUUACUAGGGCCGUUUUUGGAAGAGCACACAACGGAUGAAGACGUUGAUGAGCUAUGCAAGCGAAUCUUUCAAAAAGUCGCAUCAACGCCAACCUCCGCGUCCGCAGCACGAGUUACGGGAGACGUGAGCGCUACUACAGAUAUCUCCAACCUUGCAGCCGCAAAUGCAAAGAGUACCGCAGAGAACUUUUCGAAAAGCGAUGCUGAGCCCGCUUCACCUGAGAACAAGCCCAUCAGUUUUGCAUCCCGCGGGGCGGAGAUGAAAAAUCUCGCCGAUUUGAUGAAGGUUUCCGAUCUGGGCUUGAGCGAUGACCCAUUCUCAGCCAAUCCUGGAGGAGACAGAAAAGCUUACACGGUCCAAGAGGUUGACAACUCUGCCGUGGCUAGGCGGCAAGCUAAGAGGCGCCAAAAAGCGACCGGAUUAAAAUUGACAGGCAGCGGUUUGACAAACUCGGAUGCGAAGAUGUUUUACCAAAACCGCUUUAGUAAGCGUAUGCUCGAUCUCUUCCAAGAAGGAAUCAAAGUCAGUCGCGCCGGCGGCUGACACGAAUUUAGCGAAAGCAUCUUCCCAAUGUUUUGUAAAAAUGCUCCCGAGCAGGAGUAACGAGAAAAAAAAAACAUUCGCGGAGUGUUGUCCCUGUUCUGAUUCAAAGUUGGUGGACGUGGAUCCACCAUGAACCGUCGCCCUCGACACCAACAGAUGUUCGUGUUUCAUGGACCUUCAGAGACAUCAUUGUUUGAAUUCAAUAUGGACGUCUCAAAAUGUUAGCGGAACCAAACAAAAGAGCUGUUUUAGCUGCAUAAUCAGCUGAGCGAGAGUGGGUGCGGACCGAAUCCAAAACUACAUUUUCAAGUUAUGAUUGUUUUGAGGCCAUUGCUCUUCUCAAAGUGCUAGCUUCAUACACAAAGUAGCUUCAGUUACGAAGCAAAGAGGCAGCAAGAUAUUUUUGGAAACUGAACUCAGAGACUCAGCUAAACGGAAAAAGAGGGGAUGAAAGCUCUGAAUGUGAAUUUCAAAAGUAAAAAGAAAACAAAAGACCAAAAAUGGGACAUGAUGCGUCAGCGUCUGCUUUGAUGUGUCCUGUAACUGUAAGCGAUACAUAUAGGCACACUUUUUCUCACGAUUUUACCCAAAGAUUCAUGCCCAGCUAGCAUG